CCUCUUCCAUUGAUGAAAUUUAAAUUGCUCGGGGUUCGCCGCCCGCCCGCCGGCCCGGGAGGGACUGCUCGGCCGAGGGGCAGCGCGGCGGGCGGGCGGGAGCUCCCAGCGAGGCCGGGGUCGCCGCCUCUCCCGCCGCAGCCUCCGCAGGGGCGGCAGCCGCGCUCCGGCCCUUCGCUGCCCGCCGCGGGGCGGAACCCCCCGAGCGAGGCGCUCCGUGUUUGCCCAAGUGUUUGUGUGUUGGUCAAAGCGCGAAAAUGUCGGCUCUCGUGAAAGAUUUCAGCAAAGCAAUGUCUCAAGCUGGCUCCUCACAGUUUCAGGAAGUCAUUCGGCAGGAGCUGGAGUAUUCAAUGAAAGUGGAACUCGAUAAGAUACUUGCAACUGCACACUCAAAUGAGAUAGAGCAUACUAAAAAGGACCUGGAAGGAUUUAAGAAGCUAUUUCAUAGAUUCCUACAAGAAAAGGGACCAUCUGUAGACUGGGGGAAGAUUCAGAGACCUCCAGAAGAUUCUAUCCAGCCCUAUGAGAAGAUCAAGGCCAGAGGCCUGCCUGAUAACAUUGCUUCUGUCUUGAACAAGCUGGUGGUGGUGAAGCUCAAUGGUGGCUUGGGCACAAGCAUGGGCUGCAAAGGCCCCAAGAGCCUCAUUGGGGUGCGGAACGAGAACACCUUCCUGGAUCUGACGGUGCAGCAGAUCGAGCAUUUAAACAAAUCCUACAACACCGAUGUUCCUCUGGUUCUCAUGAAUUCCUUCAACACGGAUGACGACACAAAGAAAAUCCUGCAGAAAUACAGUCACAGCCGUGUGAAGAUAUACACUUUUAAUCAAAGCAGGUAUCCCAGAAUCAACAAGGAAACUCUGCUGCCAAUAGCCAAGGAUGUCUCUUACUCAGGAGAGAACACAGAGUGCUGGUACCCUCCAGGCCAUGGAGACAUCUACGCCAGCUUCUACAACUCUGGGCUGCUGGACAACCUCAUUGCAGAGGGGAAGGAAUAUAUUUUUGUGUCCAAUAUAGAUAAUUUGGGUGCCACUGUGGACCUUUACAUUCUUAACCACCUCAUGAACCCACCCAAUGGAAAACGCUGCGAAUUUGUCAUGGAAGUCACAAACAAAACCCGGGCGGAUGUGAAGGGUGGCACGCUGACACAGUACGAGAAUAAGCUGAGGCUGGUGGAGAUAGCUCAGGUCCCUAAAGCACAUGUGGAUGAAUUCAAGUCUGUGUCGAAAUUCAAAAUAUUCAAUACCAACAAUUUGUGGAUUGCUCUGUCUGCAAUUAAAAGGCUGCAAGAGAAAAACGCCAUUGACAUGGAGAUCAUUGUUAACCCAAAGACUCUGGAUGGAGGCUUGAAUGUUAUCCAGCUGGAGACCGCAGUUGGUGCUGCUAUCAAGAGUUUUGAGAACUCUCUGGGGAUAAACGUACCUCGUAGUCGUUUCCUGCCUGUGAAGACCACCUCGGAUCUCUUGCUCGUGAUGUCCAAUUUGUACAGCCUUAACGCGGGGUCUCUAACGAUGAGCGAGAAGCGCGAAUUCCCAACAGUGCCUCUUGUCAAACUGGGAAGCUCCUUCACAAAGGUUCAAGAUUACCUGCGAAGGUUUGAAAGUAUUCCAGAUAUGCUGGAGCUGGAUCAUCUCACGGUUUCAGGUGAUGUUACAUUUGGGAAGAAUGUUUCAUUAAAGGGAACAGUCAUCAUCAUUGCAAACCACGGUGACAGGAUUGACAUCCCAGCUGGAGCUCUACUAGAGAACAAAAUCGUAUCUGGCAACCUGCGGAUCCUGGACCACUGAGUCCAGGAGAGGGCACGGUCAGGGCUGGGGCUGCAGCGCCAAACCAGCCUCGCCGUGGAAGAACCUUUUAAGCAUUAGAAAUCUAAGUACACAGAGGGCCUAUGCUUUGUCAUCUUCACAGUACCCUGCAGUAUUAAUUUAAAAUUUUCUCUUGCUUAUCUUUAAGCAGCCACAUAAGCGCCAUGGAUGUGCGUAAGUAAUGCUUCAGUCCUUAAAGAGAUUCUGUAACUCAGUUAAUAUAACCUUGAAGUGCAAUACUGUUUGUCUUGCGGGAAGAUGGACAGAUCUUCUUUGAUAAGAAGUUCAGAGGCUCGCCUCGACCAUUCAGUAGUUUUGAAUUGCUUGUAACUGCAGAAAUAAAGCUGUGAAGCAAUACAUGUGGGACAACAUGGUUGGCAACUCCUGUGACGUUUUAGGAAGGCACAGUUGAAAACCAAAAGUUUCACUACUGCUAAACAGGCUCUUAAAACCCUGUAUUUCAUGUGCUCACAACCUGUAGCCCUCUUCAACCCCCCCAAACUACAAGUGGGAUGUCCUAUCCCAGUUGUAUGUCGAGGUACUGGGGUAAGGCUGUCAAUACCUCCAUUUCCGUAUCGUGAGAGUGGGAAUCAUCCGUGUUCCAGACUUGCCCAAAGAAUCCAAUACUUGAGAAAAAUGCCUCAGUAGCCACGUGUGGUGUUUGCUUUUUCACAUCCCAUUUAAGACUGGAUCUCCUGUUAAUAUCUUAAUCUUUGAUCUGCCCUCUUUUUUCAAUAAAUGGAUCACGUUGACUACACCUAUGUUCAUAUUGUCACAGCCAUGUAUGUUAAUUUAUCUUCUCUUGAGUUUCUAAAUUUGUACAGGAAUCGAAAUCCCUGUCCUGAUCACUAUUGAUUUCUUAAUGUUUCUCUUGUAUUUACAUGCAGACAACUUUAUUUUAUAAGCUUAGUAUAACACUGGUAUGUAUCAUUAAAGAAGUUGGUCUUUAAAAACAA